CAUAAACGUCCCAAGGACACAGUAGUCAGGCCCUCUCCCCCUCCCCCUCUACCUGCACUACCACAAACACACAAGAGAUUAAAAUCAAAAUAUUAUUUAAUAUUUCUGUCGUUGAAUUACCUUAUAUUAUUACCUUCUUAUGCUUACAUGUGUGUGGAAGUAAUACUUUGUGCAACGUGCAAAAAGAGCAGAGAGAGGAUUAGCGGGGAAUCUGAACUUUGCAUGUUCGGCCUAGAAAAUCUUUAAAGCGCAAUCCAGCUUACGUUACCCCACCACCACAAACAGGGGCACCAAAUUUUGUUCUCUUUCUUUACCUCUCACCCUUAUCGAGAAACCACCACCUCGGCCGCCGCCACCACCGCCACCUACUUCUAACUGCCACCACCUUCUUGACUUUUCUUUAUAAAGGAUCAUUACUCUUACUCGUAAUAUACAAGAAAACCAAAGAAAAGAAACAAGAAAUCCUUGAAAUGGCUACUAAGCUUCUCUUAAUGUUCGCUAUCUGUCGUUUGAUUGUGACUGUAGGGUUGACUGUUGACCCAUCGGAGCUACUUCGUCUUGGGGUUGACGGUCAGCUCAGCGUUGAUCCGUUUGAUGUCGAAACGGCUUCUCUUGAUUUCGGCUUGAUAAGCCGAUCCGAACCGAUGGCAGUCUUGCACCCGGGUUCCGCUGAUGACAUAGCUCGGCUUGUCCAAGCGGCGUACCUCUCGUCUCAGGGUUUCACGGUCUCGGCUAGGGGUCAUGGGCAUUCCAUAAACGGUCAGGCACAGACAAGUAACGGGGUGGUGAUUGAAAUGAGUGGCGGCUCGAGAGGGAGUCGCCUUGGGAUGGGGAACCUGGCAAAGCCACAAGUAGCUGUGAAGGAGAUGCAUGUAGACGUGUGGGGAGGGGAGCUGUGGAUAGAUGUGUUAAGGAGUACAUUAGAGCAUGGGCUAGCACCAAAAUCAUGGACAGAUUAUUUGUAUCUUUCAGUAGGUGGUACCUUAUCUAAUGGUGGAAUUAGUGGGCAAGCUUUUAACCAUGGACCUCAAAUCAGCAAUGUCUAUGAGCUUGACGUCGUCACAGGCAAAGGUGAGCUCAUGACAUGCUCCGAAGAAAAAAAUUCAAAGCUGUUCCAUGCUGUUCUUGGUGGUCUAGGGCAAUUUGGAAUCAUCACUAGGGCUAGAAUUGCACUUGAACCAGCUCCUCAAAGGGUGAGGUGGAUAAGAGUACUGUACUCCAACUUCUCGACUUUUACCGGGGACCAAGAAUACCUCAUUUCCAUGCAUGGAAAACCUUCUACCUUAAAAUUCGAUUAUGUCGAGGGAUUUGUUAUUGUUGAUGAAGGGCUUAUUAACAAUUGGAGGUCCUCUUUCUUUUCUCCUCGUAAUCCUGUCAAGAUUAGCUCAGUUGGGGCUAAUGGGGGUGUGCUCUACUGCUUAGAGAUCACCAAAAAUUACGAUGAAUCCACUGGCGAUACCAUUGAUCAGGAAGUAGAGGCUUUGAUGAAGAACCUGAACUUCAUACCAUCAACAGUCUUCACAACCGAUCUGCCCUACACUGAUUUUCUGGAUCGCGUCCACAGGGCCGAGUUAAAGCUGAGAGCCAAGGGUUUGUGGGAGGUGCCGCACCCUUGGCUCAACCUAUUUGUUCCCAGAUCAAGGAUUGCUGACCUUGACAGGGGUGUCUUCAAGGGCAUUUUGGGAAACAACAAGACAAGUGGGCCCAUCCUCAUUUACCCCAUGAACAAAAACAAGUGGGACCAAAGGAACUCAGUUGUGACACCAGAUGAGGAUGUGUUUUAUCUGGUGGCGUUGUUAAGAUCAGCAUUGGAUAAUGGUGAAGAGACUCAGUCCUUGGAGUACUUGACUCAUCAAAACCGCAAGAUCCUCAGAUUCUGUGAUGAUGCAGGGAUCAAGGUGAAACAGUAUUUACCUCACUACACUACACGAGAGGAAUGGAUGGACCACUUUGGGGAUAAAUGGGACCGAUUUUAUCAGAGGAAAAUGGAAUUUGAUCCCCGGCGUAUUUUAGCAACUGGCCAACGUAUAUUCAAUCCCUCCUCUGCCUCUACCAGUACGGUGUCUCCAUGGUGAUGAUGGCACAGGAUAGUCUACUUACACUACACGGGAUACUAUACUAACCUCUAGAAAUUAUAAUCUUGUACAUACAGUUUUUGCUUAAUCAUCAAUGAUGCUAGAUUAAUAGCAUUUUAGCAGUAUUAGCGGUCCGACCUUUUAUCAAGUAAAUAGCAAGAAAAGAAAAAUAUUGUGGGUUCU